ACCCAUUACCCAAUAUAUUUUUAUCUGUUAAAUACAUACAACUACCCCAAUCGGAUCAUAAUAUCUGUCUCAUUAUCAACAGAUAACCUUCCUCAAUGAAGGCCUAUUCCACUUCAUAAACCAUACACAAAUCUAUAAUUUCUUCAUCGGCAGAGCAAAUCUUCGCAGAAAUGAACGUCAAGGGAAUCAUCGAUGGGAAUAAUCUUGGCCAUGGAAAUACCAAUUGGAUCGUCAAGGAAGAUGUGAAUGAUGAUACCAGCGAUUCGACAUCCAUUGGAUCAAUCUCGGAAGAUUCAGAAAACUCUGUGUCUUCAUUUUCAUCGUCAGAAUUGGCUGAGGAGGUAUCAUCAUCAUCCUCUUCAUCAUCUAAUUCAAACGGACCCUUGUUUGAACUAUCAGAGCUAAUGAACCAACUUCCCAUAAAGAGGGGCUUGUCUAUGUUUUAUGAAGGAAAGGCCCAAUCUUUCAGUUCUCUAGCCAGCGUAGAGAGCGUAGAAGAUCUUGUGAAGAAAGAGAGACCUUGUUACAGGAAGAAAAUGAAAUCAUGCAAAAGCUUCGGGGGAGGCUUGGAUAACCCCAGAAUAUCCUUCACUCCGAAGGCUACAAUUUCAAAGAAAGCUUCCAGAGGAACUCUUGUAUCUGUUCUAACUAAAAGACGGAGUUUCCUCGGAGCCUCCAGAACUUCUUCCUUUGCUGUACAGAAGAACUUUUGAAAUCCAACCUUCAUAGUUAGACCUUGCUUAUUAUUUUAUGCACAAAAUGGGGAAAAUUUUCAAGCCCUCACCUUCUGCUUCUUUUCUGACCUCAAUAUAUAGUCUUAUUGUUAAUUCAUUAAUAUACAUAUGAUUCAUUAGUAUCAUCAAUUCCUGCUACUUUGUUUUUCAUACCAUAGGAUCAUGGCCAGUGUUUCAUUAUUACUAGAAUAAAGUCACAUUACAUGACUGCCAAUUAGCACAUGUAUGCGAGAACUUUUAGGUAAUCGUUGUUGGUGAGAGACAGGCUGUGGAAUAUAUAUGAAAUGAACCACUUAUGUGGAAA